AUGGAUUCCUCUCGGAACUCGGCCAAUUUGCCGCCCAAUGGGUCAGGAACCGGCAGCGAUGUCGGGUCUCUCUCCCCGUCAAAUGUCUCCGAACCCAAUAUCGUUCCGAGUUCUAUAUCCGAACCCUCUGUGACACCACGGGUGGCCACCCAGGAACAACCACAACCCGUCCUUCCGAACCCCCGGGCUCCGACGCCACCGCCUAGAGACCCCGAGGAGACCGAACAUGCCUAUUGGGCCGACCUUCACGAGGACACAUCCACCCCAGAUGAGGAGGAAUUAAAGGAAAUCAAUGCUGCUGAAGCUGACUAUAGCGCUUGUGACCACACAUACUGGGAAAGCAAUUUCUUUCGGGACUUGGAUGAUCCUGAAUACAAACCUGUGGAGAAAGCUCGUCUGACAUGGAAGUUCAAAGGCGUUCGAGGCACCCCCGAGGCCCCCAACCGCGCAAAGGUUCUGCGCUCUCCGCCAGCCUUCAUUGGUGGAUAUUGGUGGCGAAUCAAGUUCUACCCUCGCGGUAACAAUGUGGGUUCGCUAAGUAUCUACCUCGAGUGCUCGCCUACGAUGCCCGCCCUGGAUGAACAUAUCCCAGAAACCGAAUUUACUGUUAGGCGCGGGGAGCCUGGUACCGUCCUCAACGAUAUUCCACCCGAUACACAUGUGCAAACACCCGCCACAACCGACUCUGCGGCAUGGCUAGACAACUACAAAUCACAUUAUCCUUUCGCUGCAUCUGCUUCCCAAGCACACACCGGUACGUCGUCCAAUCCAUGGCGGGUAUCCGCUCAGAUUGGUGUCAUCGCCUACAACCCGGACGAACCACGCACUGGAUGGAUGCAGUCGUCAUGCCAUCAAUUCAACCCACACAAUCUGGACUGGGGAUGGACAUACUUCCAUGGUCCAUGGGAUCAGAUUCAUAACCGACGACGUGGCCAGCAUCGUGCGCUACUCAACAACGAUACGCUGGCUUUUGAUGCUUAUAUUCGGGUCAUUGAUGACCCAACUAAGUCCUUGUGGUGGCACCCCAGUGAUUCCGAGCCAACAUGGGACAGCCUGGCAUUGACUGGCUAUCGGCCCCUUGGAGACUCGGUCGUCAACCACAGCGCCGAGGUUGCCGGACUCGCAUCCUGGCUGCACAUCGCCCCUUUCUGCAAGAUCAUUCAGAGCGUUGAUGUCCUGGAACAUUUAACAAACUGUGACGUAAAGCCAAAGCCGCUGUGUGAUGCCAUGCAGAAGUUGCUCUGGCAGCUGCGAAGUCGCACACAGUCGCUUCAAUAUGUUGACACCGACAGUAUCACCUCCACAUUGCGCAACCUCCGUGAGUUCUCGGGUGAUGUUUCGGAGUUCUGGGAGCGGCUUCGUCGCACCUUGGAGCUGGAACUCGCGGGCACUGAUGCUGGCAAACAAUUUGCCAAGCUAUUCGAUAGCCCACCUCCCAAAUCUGUGCAAGCAGGUGAUGCAGAUACUAUCCACACUUUGCCGACUGAUUUCAACUCUCGCAUAUUUGUUCAAUCCGACCAGUUCAAAUCCACCGGUGAUGCUAUGAAGAACUACUUUGGUGCCAAGCCUGGCCGCUGGUCCCUCCCUCCAGUUCUUCAUGUGGAACUUGGCCGUCAAUCCCUCGACAAGACCAUGCGCUGGCAACUAAACUUCAACAAGGUAGAUCUGGACGAUGAGCUGGAUCUCACACCAUGGGUUGUUGAUGGCGAAGGUAGCAAGUAUGUUCUCUAUGGCUACGUGGUUCACCGCGGUCGUCGCACAUCUAGCAAGUUCUUCAGUAUCCUUCGCCCUGCUGGUCCAGGGACCAAGUGGCUGGCUUUCGAUGAUGGCAGUGAUAACCGUGUGGAGUGCUUGACCCAGAAGACCGCAAUGGGCGCUCAUCUUGGUCUUGAUGCGUCCCAGACUGUCGAUCACAAGAAGGGUCAUGAUAUCCCGGUUGUUGCAAUGUAUGUCCGCAGUGACAUGGUUUCAGAGCUCCUUCCUGGACCGCAAGGACCUUGGGAGGUGCCCAAGUCUUUGAAGGAAUACUACGAGACGGGGGUCUACAGCCCAAUUCCCAGUUCCAAUGAGAAGUCAUUAAUCGAGGAUGUUCAGGUUGAGGUGUACUCUCUGCCUGAGUAUGAUCAACUGGAUUGCCUCUUCGACACAUAUGACCUCAUGUCCAAUGCGAAGUCGAACAAUAGUGUCAUGUAUAUGACUCUGCCUCGUUCAUCCCGCUUGGCUGAGCUGCGCAAAAAGAUUGCUUUGUGGAAAUCGGCUGGUGGAGAGGUUAUUGGAGCCGAAAGGGUUCGUCUGUGGCACAUUGGCCAUACUCGGGCUCAGUGCGGGCCUACUUUAGCAUUUGAGCACAUCACCGAUUUGAACACUCCAUUGGAUGCUUCUGCGGGCACUAUGCGAUUCUGGAUGGAAGCAAUCUCAGAGGAUGACGCGAAAUUAUUUGCCAUCCCGGACCCUCCCUCCGCUACUACGACUGAGGAUAAGCUCGAGGAGUCUAUUGUUGAACAGCUGAGUUCUGCAAGCAGUAGUUCAGUUUCAUUGGUCAAUAAUGGAGACGCGGUUGCCAGCUCAUCCAGAGGUGAUAUAAGCCCUACAGAGAGCUCCCUACCAGCUCUGGCUACCUCAUCUCUAGAAGCCGACUUGCUGGCUGACGAGCGAGCCGAGCAUGCUGCCGUUCUGGCUGUUGCAGCAGCCCACGACACCAACUCAUCUGUCGCUGAACCCGCUGCUCCUGCUACUACUCCUGUGGAGUCCUCUGGGCCAGUACCGACUGAGCCUCAAGUUACCCUUCCCGUCGGUCACGCGUACUACUUCAUUCAGGUCUUUGAUGAGGACAAGCAGGUCCUUCGCACAGUGGGCUCGUUCUUCUCCAAACUUGAGGCGAACGUCAAGGCAUCCAUCCGGAAGCACCUUAAGCGGACCAUCCGACAAGACUUCCUCAUGUGGAAGCGAGUAGACGGAACCACCGUCACCACAGUGUCGCCAGCCGAGAACUUCAUGGAUGUCGUGGUGCCCCACGGAUCCUGUAUCAUUGUCGGGGACAAGUUGACCAAGGAAAAACGAUCUCAACUUGGGCUUUCCGGCCUGUUCUCCAGCCCCGACCGCCUAGUACAGUACCUCUGGGCCAAGUCUCGAAACCACCCUGUCCAAGGCUUUACUGGCACCAAGACCGUCGAAGCUACUUUCACAAGUGAUUUCUACAGCGGCGAGUUCCUGAAGGGCUACUACCAUGGACGCGGAAAGCACCUUUCUGGCACCGGGACAGUCUACGAAGGUGACUUCAUUUUCGGUCGACGCCACGGCAAAGGCAAGAUGGAGUACCCGACCGGCGAUACUUAUGAUGGCGACUGGGUUGAAGAUGUCCGUCAUGGACAAGGAACCUACGUUGAGAAGACGACUGGCAACUCGUACGUUGGCGGGUACAAAGACGGUAAAAAGUACGGCAAGGGCAUCAGCUACUGGGAAGUUGCCGACGAAGAAGCGGAUCUGUGUCAGAUCUGUUACUCCGAAGAACAGGAUGCUGUGUUCAUUGACUGUGGCCAUGUCUGCUCGUGUGUGACUUGUGCUAAGCAGGUUGAUCUUUGCCCGAUAUGCCGGAAAAGUAUCAAGAGUGUCAUUAAGAUUUACAGGACAUAG